AUCCAGAUGCAAGUUCCCCUUUGAAAGAUAAUGUUUUCAUGUCAGUUGAAGUUAACGGUGGGAAGUUACGAAUGAUAAAAACAAACAUGGAAAAAGCAGGUUAUUUUAAGUUAGUUCAAAUACAGGAUCCGCAUUAUGAAUCAGAAGAUUUUCAUGGAAAUAGAGUCCCUAUAUUUCGACUUGAGAGUUGCCAACCUACCGAAGCUGGAUGUUUUCGGUUGGCUCCAACAGAACCUAGAGAAGUUGGUGAUUUCAAACUUGUUCCGCCGCAAGGUUAUCUGGCUGAUGACUUCAGACUGGUACCAUCUCCUGAAGUGCAAGGUGCGUUCGUGUUACUGCAGUCCGAGACUGGCAACCCUGGUCAAUAUCAUCCGGUGCUGCGCAAUAAAGAUGCGCAUGAAGACUUCCGUUUUGUUCAAGCCAAGAUACAACAGAGAUCAAAUGCGGAUAUUAAUGUGCCAAGAGAAGCUUGGGGAAAUAACCAUACCUACAUCGAACAAGAGAAUAGAUACAGAUACUAUAAUAUGAGUAAGGAUAAAACUAAUCAUGGCAGUUCAAGCGAUCACAGAUACGAUUAUUUUGAUGACGUAAGAGAUCGAUACAGCCCUGUUGAAAACAAUAAUUUGCCUGAUAUAAGUCUAUAUGAAUCAAAUAAAGGCAACGUAUUGCAUCAUCAACCCACGGCUGCUAAGAAAUACGGUGCAUCAAGCACGUUCGAUAAUGAUUUAAGAACGUUUAACCGGCAUUUAGACGAAUUCAACCAAAGAUACCAAGACAGUAUGCGGCGUGUUUCUUCACAAGAUUCAAAGAGACCUGUUCAACUUGAUGAUGAGACACAGGAUAACGAUAAAGAAAAUAAGCAAGGUCCUGUCGUUGGAGCAGGAUUUAGCUCAAAAGUAUUAAGCAGCGAAUGGAAAACUCAUGAUUUUGACCAAUGGAGCAGAACUACGAAGAACACACUUCUAGAACCGGUGGAAACGCCGACAGCUGGAGUUACUCGAGCUGUUCAGAAGAUGCCAGCAAUCAACACAGACAUGACACAGUCGAAUCAAGAAAAAGAUUCGUUGUUAAAUGAAGUUCAGUUCAAAGCAAAUUACAAGCAAUGGAAAAAGAAAAAGAUGGCAACUGUGCGCAUGCGCAAAACUCUCCCAGCAAGUGAUCCUUAUGCGGUGUGUAUUCGGUUUGAGGAAAAUGAUAUAUCUCAUGACGAAUUGAAAGCUAAAAUUGAAAGGGAAACAAAUCAGAAAGUAGCAGGGCUGCAAUUUGAUCCUGUUUCUGUGCACUCGAUUGACCCGGAAGCCACUAGCAGAUGGAUCGUUCGAUUUCCCGAGACAACGAUUUGUGAAGAACUUUCCCAAAAUGGCUUAAAAAUAAAUGGAGUUAAGCUCCGAGUUCGAAAAUUUGAUGACGUAAUGCGGGAGGAGCAUGAGGCAUAUAAAUUGUAUAAACUAGUGAAAGAUUUCACGGAUAAAAAAUCACAGAAAACCCCAGGCAGAAAAGACGUUAAAAUGCCUAAAGUACUGAAAACAAUGCAUACACAAACAAAACAGGCAUGAAUAAGUAACAUCAUAGGUUCUUAUUUUUAUUGAUUACGCGAAAUAGAAGCUAACAAUGACUUCAAGAAAUGUUAUAAUUUUAGAUGGAAGAAGAAAAAAACAACUAGUUGUACAGAAUCUAUUUUAUAUAAACUUUGUAUAUAGAUCUAUAUAUAUUGUACAAGAAGAUUGGUUCCAUCAUUAUUUUAGAUAGGUUAAAACGAUAUUGAUUGCUACCCUAUAGUUAAAAAAACCCCAAAAAACAACAUAUUUUCUCCAGUGUAUGUUGUCAUACGCCCAUUAAGGUCUGCUGUUUGUAUAUAUGUACAUGUAUUUAAGUUUAAAAAUAUUGGAAUUGUGUUUUUGGCCACUUGUAGCUCAACAAUUGCUCAUUUUGUGCAUCCCGCCCCAUGGUCGGAUACCUAUGGUUGAUUUACAGGCUGAUAAGUGUUAACAGUUCGGCCGUCGGUAUCCGACGA